CAUACACACUUCUCGUUUUUGGAAGUCGGUUUAAACUACCUAAGUAAGACCUAUGAUAGUGUAUUAAAAAAUAUUAUCAUUAAAAAAAAUUAAAUGACAUUUCUGUCAUACAACAAAUCUAUAAAGCAAUUUUUCUCUUAACAAACAACGAGAAAUAUUUUGACUAUGAACAAUCCAAGCGGAUUAUUCCUAUUACAAGAUCAUUGACUACUGCGGUAUCACAUUUAAAUUGAUUUUAUAAUUAAGUCAGAACAAUGUCGGAUUCCAGUAUAAUGAGUGUGAGAGAUAUGAUAGAUACUUGUUUUGGAGAGCCAGAUGCAAAUACAGUCAACUUUAAGCUAAUGCAAACUAUACUAUACCUCCUUGCUAGGCAACUACGAUUAUUAGAACGUCAAGUUGCCAUAAAAUUUGCCUCAAAUCUUGCGCCUAGACGAUCUAGCCUUUCAAUAACAGAAGUGAAAUUAAAAGCAAAAGUUGAUAGAAAGAAGAAAACUAGUACAAAAAGUGAAUUAAUAUCUUCGAAAGCUAAAGAAGAAAAAUCCAAGUCUGAAAAGACAAUUUCUAAAUCCACCACUGACGAAACUUCAACUUUAAAAUCAUCAACUGAGCCUUUAACAUCAGAUAAAACAUUUAGUAAAUCAAGUACAGACAAAUCAUCAAAGUCUGAAAAGACAUCGUCUAAAUACACCACUGAUGAAACUUUAACUUUAAAAUCAACAACUGAGGAAACAACUACAGAUAAAUCAAAAAAUUUAAAAGAUACUCAAGAAAUAAUGAAAUCAAAAGAUACGGAUGAAACAUCACAAUCUGUAUCAGCUACAGAUAAAUCAACGAAACCAAAAGAUACGGUCAAAACAACUGCAGCCAUAACAAAAACUGUAUUAGCAGAAACAACAAAAUCCCUUACAGUAGAUGAAACAUCAAAAAAACCUACAACAGAUGGUCUCAAAUCGCCAAUUAAAAAAUCGUUACGUGAUAGCUUGGAUGAAACAUCCUCAGAAAUAGCAAUUACAGAAAAAACAGUGCAGUCUUCGAAGUCUACUUCAGAUAAAACAACAUUAGAAAAAAAAUCUUUGAAAUCUCCUACAAAUACAACUAGAACUUCCGAAUUAUCUUCUUUUUCAAAGCCUAGCAUAUCUACCGAAAAUAAAUCCAGGGCUGGAAAAACUAGAAAGACGAGAGCUGACUCUCGUGAAGUUGCGGAAAAAACACCCACACCUAUGGCUUCUUUAGACUCAAUGGAAGUACAAUAUGAGAAACUUCUUGUUGUUGAACGAGUACCCAUUGAAGAAGCUGAAAAAAAGAUAGGAAGCUUACGUGAUGGCAAAGCAAAGCUAGAUAUCGUGACACAAAAAGAAUUUGACGCACUAGCAGAAAUAGUAAGAGAAAUACAAAGAAAAUAUGGCGUAAGCGAAGACGGCAGACUAAUGCAUGGUUUACGUCAAGCCUCUUCUGUGACUGACUCAAUGGCUGCCUUGCAACUAUCCGCUCGUAUUCAAAACUUGGAAAAAUCUUUGAAAUUAAUGGAAAAUAUGGUUUCUAGUUUAGCUAAAACAAAGGGUAUUAAAAUGGUACAACCGGAAGAAAAAAUAACUCAGGCUCACCUAGUCCAAGAAGCUCAAGCAGAAUUGAAGAAUGAUAAUUCGGAAACAGAAUUAUUAUUUGAUGCGGCCCGUGAACCGUCAACUGUAGGAAAAUCCACAAGAGAAAUUAAGGAACAUGUAUCACAACCGCAAUUUACUGAAACUGGAAAACCAAUGCUCGAUGCUUUACCAAUAACAAACAUAAACGAAGCUGAAUUAGAUGGUGCAAUGCAAACACUAUAUGACGACUUAAUAACAUACGUGGGAAAUUUAACUAAUAUAGCUGUUAACAAGGCUGACAAUGCAAUGAAAUGUUCUCUUGGACUAGAGGCGAAAUUGGACGCAGCAUUAGAUGUAGAAUCGCACAUGGAUGAAUUAGAGAUACUAGUAUCUGAAUAUACUGGAAAAGUGAAUAACCUUGAUGCAAAUUUGUCGUCACAGAUGUCCAAUUAUCAAGAGCAGUUAACUCAAAUGCAACAUGACUUGGAAGCAGGAUUGGAAGCUAUGGCGGAAGCUUUAGCAAAUCCUCCAGGAGAAACACCAGGAGUUGCUGAACUCAACGAAAAUUUUACUAAUCUGCAAAUUCAAUUUGACGUUGCUGAACUAAGGCAAAAAGAUUUACAAGAAAAGCAAGUGGCGCUGUCUUUAGACGUUCAAAGGUUGUGGAAAGACAUUGAAGUACUACGUGAAAUGAAAUCUGAUCGUGACGAAGUAGCAGAUGCUUUAAGAAACAAAGCUGGACUUGGUGCAUUAAACGGUCUUGUUACACAACAGCAAUUUGAUGCAGUGCGUGGUGAUUUUGAAAAGCGAAUUGGAGCUUCUUAUAACAAAUUCAAUAAUCAAGAGAUUGUUUGGCAAAAAAUCAUUGACGAACUAUUCAGAGAAAUUAAUGAAAAAGCCGAUUGGGUACAAGUAGUGGCAUUGCGUGAUGACAUUAAUAAAAAUCUCAAUUAUAUUCAAAAUAAAAUAUGCGCAAUGGAGGAAAUAGUCGGAGAACCUCGAGCAGCUACAAUCUCUAGAAAACUAUUUCGUGACGCUGCAUGUCUUUCUUGUUCAUCUCCCGCUAAUAUGAAUUUGGAAGAAUCUACCCUGCCAGCCUUACCAGCUUUUACCAAGCAAUCUACUCGCCCACCCACUAUUGGCGCUGAAGAUACAACAAAGCCAAAGGAAGAUGGCGAUCAUGGCUUAUGUUAUCCUGGACAGCCAAUACCACACGCUAGAGAUCCAAGAUCCUAUUUUUGUCGAAGAUACUGCGGUGGCUCACAUACAACAGGACGUAACACGUUAACUCGUGGCCCUAAAGAAGUUACUGUCAGCCCGUUGCCCCGAGGAAUUACAGGAGUCGGUUCAGAUGGAAAAGUAUAUGCUAUUGACGGCGAAGAGAGAGAAAAGAAACCAUGUAGACCGUGUAACAUUCCAAAAACUACGACACCUCCUGGUUCAGAAAUACAAGGUACAAGAUUUGAGCUGGAUUCUGAAACACAGCGGUACUACGUGCUUCCAGCCAUCACUCUACCGGGGCGAGCUGAGGACAGUGCUGUCUCCGUAACCCCACCGGCACAACUUCUUAACGAUGACUGAAGACUGCACGCUUCAAUAAAUUAUUAUUAUUUACAAUUCUGGUUAAAACGCUAAUUUGAAAUUUGUAUUUUUGAUUUUCUUAUUUGUACAAUAAAUAAUUUAUAAUUUA